AUGGUGCAAUCGGAGAAACUAGCAUCGGGUGACUGGUGCCCCAGCAGUCGCCCAACUAGAGAACUAAGGAUAGGAUGCUCAGAUGAAGGGAAAAAUCACUUCUGGUCGGACUUAGAGGAGGAAAUAGAAAAGGUACCAGCAGAUGAGAGAUGCCUUGUCUGGGGAGAUCCGAAUGGGCAUGUAGGCCAGAAUAACUAUGUGAUCAGCCAUAUACAUGGUGGGUAUGGCUAUGAUGAAAGAAAUGCAGAGGGUGAGAGAAUUGUUGAUUUUGCUGUGUCCAAGGAUAUGGUACUGGCGAACACUUUUUUCAUCAAGCGGCAAGAACAUCUAGUCACGUACAAAAGCGGCGGAAGGCAGUUUAAAGAAAAAGUAUUAGAGGAGCUAACUCAUGAAAUUGAGGAUGUUGAUGAAUGGUGGAACAGAAAGAUGGAAAUAAUACUGAGGGUCGCUAGAGAAAUAUUGGGUGAGAGUAGUGGCAAGAUGUUCGAAAAUAAGGAAACGUGGUGGUUCAGUGAAGAAGUGAAGGAUGCAACAAAGCAAAAGAGAGAAGCAAAGAAAAGGUGGGAAGGGACCCAAAUGGAAGAGGACUGGAUGGCCUAUAGGGAAGCAAAUAAAUUGGCAAAGAAAACUGUAGCAAUUGCUAAGGAUAGAGCAUAUGAUCAGCUUUACAAAGAGCUAGAUACCAAGGAAGGGCAAGGAAAGAUCUUUAAACUAGCACACAUGAGAAAUAAUACCAAGGAUAUAAAACACAUAGGACAGAUUAAGGAUAAGGAUGGAAAUAUGCUGAGAAAUGAGAGACAUAAUAAGGAGAUGGGAAGAAUAUUUUGA